AGAGGAAGUCGGUAAUGGUGACGGAUGAUGUGGACGUGAAGCAAUCGAGAGCACCAGCGCGUAUUCGAGAAAAUAAAGACAGCUCCUAAAGAAACACACACAGCCAUGUCGCGAGUUUUAUAUCACAUAUUAGAAGUGUUUGAGUUUCUAUACUAGGAGACGGAAUUGAUUCGCGUUAACGAUGAUGACGGAGUGCGAUCCCACCGACGGCGAGCCGGAGAAAGGCGGUGGAGAUUUAACACCGGAGACGAACUAUCACCCGUCAGAUGUACCCGCGGUGUUAUUUGAAAAGACCCGGCCCUCGCCUUCACUGGGACUGUCGCUGAACCCCGGAGCAGCUGUCCGAAUCUCGGACUCAACGGAAAGCGUGCUGACGGAGCUAGAAGCGGACGGUUCCGGAGAAGAAGCGCUUCUUUUACCAGGACCUGCCGGAAAUCUGUCACCUCGAGCGGGCAGAGAGAAGAGGACGCGGAGGAACAGAUACAGCUCAUCGUAUGAUAAUCCAGCGUCUCCAGGGAAUAGCAGUGGAGAAUUCAACCAUUUUCCAGAGGACCCCGAAUUUGGAGAGAUUAUUCAAAGGGCGGAGCAGGCAAUCGAAAGUGGCGUCUUUCCCGAACGUAUCUCGCAAGGAUCCAGCGGAAGCUACUUUGUGAAGGAUCCAAAGGGGAAAAUCAUUGGUGUGUUUAAGCCAAAAUCAGAGGAGCCUUAUGGUCACUUAAACCCUAAAUGGACCAAAUACUUCCAUAAAGUCUGCUGCCCGUGCUGUUUUGGCCGCGGUUGCCUCAUCCCUAACCAGGGCUACCUCUCUGAGGCAGCUGCCUCCCUCGUGGACCAAAAACUGGGCUUGGGAAUUGUACCCAAAACAAAGGUUGUUUAUUUGGCCAGCGAGACUUUUCACUAUAGUGCGAUUGACCGUGCCAAAUCCCGUGGUAAAAAAUAUGCACUGGAGAAAGUCCCCAAAGUGGGUCGUCGGUUUCACAGAGUUGGCCUUCCUCCAAAGGUGGGCUCAUUUCAGUUGUUUGUGGAGGGCUACCACGAAGCAGACUAUUGGCUGAGGAAGUUUGAGGCGGAGCCUCUACCAGAGAACAUGAGGAAACGGCUUCAGUCUCAGUUUGAGAGACUCGUGGUGCUGGAUUACGUCAUCAGAAAUACAGACAGAGGAAACGAUAACUGGUUGAUCAAGUACGAGAAGCCGGGCGAUGGUGAAUUGGCAGAGAAGGAAUCUGAUUGGACGGACUCAAAAGACUCCGCCAUUAAGAUAGCAGCCAUAGAUAAUGGUUUGGCCUUCCCUUUUAAACACCCCGAUGAGUGGAGAGCGUAUCCGUUCCACUGGGCUUGGUUGCCGCAGGCCAAAGUGUCCUUUUCCCAAGAGACCAGAGACCUGGUGCUCUCGCGCAUCUCCGACAUGAACUUUGUACAGGACCUCUGUGAGGACCUUUAUGAGAUGUUCAAGACCGAUAAAGGUUUUGACAAAACCAUGUUUGAGAAACAGAUGUCCGUUAUGAGAGGCCAGAUCCUGAAUCUGACCCAGGCUUUGAAGGACGGGAAGAGCCCCAUCCAGUUAGUCCAGAUGCCUCGUGUGGUGGUGGAAAGGAGUCGCGGGGGAGGCCAAGGUCGUGUGGUUCAGCUGGGCAAUGCGUUCACCCAGACCUUUCACUGCAAGAGACCUUUCUUCACCUCUUGGUAAAAAGGUUCAAAUGAAAAAAUGUGAGAUGGGGGCAGAAGGAUGUUUUAUAGACACACUGGGAGGAAGACUUUCUGAUAAAGACUUCAUUAAAGACUUUUAAAGGCAGUGCAGAGGCCUGUUGUGGAGAAUCUGAGGCCUUUUCCCUUGCAGAUCCUUUUCCCAGAAUUCUCUUCAACUCACUUUGGCUGUCAGGCGGCACCAAGUCGGAAUGUCAAAAGGGAAUUUAUUGUUCAUCGAGAGGUUUUGUGUGGUAAUGGCCUUUCUUAACUGCCAAUUAUUUUAUAAGCAUAAAUAGAUAUAUUAUAAAUUAAGGACGAUGCAUUUACACACAUUUAAACUUGAAAAUAAUUGCUUGAAUGUAAUUUGCAAGUUUACAUUUUACACUUCUGAGAACAUUUUAUCACCAAGGAAUAUUGGUGACCUUGUUAUUUAAAAUGAUGACUGUAUUAUUAUGGAACAGAAUGCUGUAACAGUACAAAUAUACAUUGUUCAAUUCGGGUGCUUUUGUAGCCCCUCUUAAAAGUAUAAAUUCCAAAAGUUUUUUUUUCACACAACCUGUGUAUGCAACUUGUUCUUUUCUCACGAGCGGAUGUUUAGGUAGAGGUGUAUAUUUAAAAUAAAGUGAAUACAAAAUAAAGCUUUGAAAU